AUGGCCAUCGCCCACCUGGCCACGGAGUAUGUAUUCUCCGACUUUUUACUGAAGGAGCCUUCGGAGCCCAAGUUCAAGGGGCUGCGAUUGGAGCUGGCGGUGGACAAGAUGAUCACUUGUAUCGCGGUGGGGCUGCCUUUACUGCUUAUCUCGCUGGCUUUUGCGCAAGAGAUCUCCAUCGGUACACAAAUAAGCUGUUUCUCCCCAAGUUCUUUCUCCUGGCGUCAGGCUGCCUUCGUGGAUUCUUACUGCUGGGCUGCCGUUCAGCAGAAGGACUCCCUGCAGAGCGACUCUGGAAACCUCCCUUUGUGGCUGCACAAGUUUUUCCCCUACAUCCUGUUACUGCUUGCGAUUCUCUUGUACCUGCCCUCCUUGUUCUGGCGUUUCACAGCUGCUCCUCAUCUCUGCUCAGACCUGAAGUUUAUCAUGGAAGAACUUGACAAAGUUUACAACCGUGCAAUUAAAGCUGCAAAAAGUGUCCGUGACCUCGACAUGAGAGAUGGUGCCUGCCCAGUUAUGGGCUUAAACGAGAACGUAGGGCAAAGUUUGUGGGAAAUAUCUGAAAGUCACUUCAAGUACCCAAUUGUGGAACAGUACUUGAAGACAAAGAAAAACUCGUUUAAUUUAAUAGUCAAGUACCUCAGCUGCCGUGCACUAACACUCACGAUUAUACUGUUAGCAUGUGUCUAUCUGGGCUAUUACUUCAGCCUCUCGUCAUUAUCAGAUGAGUUUGUCUGUAGCAUCAAGUCGGGGAUCCUGAAGAAUGACAGCACUGUCCCUGAUAAAUUCCAGUGCAAACUCAUCGCCGUGGGCAUCUUCCAGCUUCUCAGCUUCAUUAACCUGAUGGUCUAUGGUCUGCUGGCGCCUAUGGUUGUCUAUACAUUGUUUGUUCCAUUUCGACAGAAGACAGAUGUUCUCAAAGUGUAUGAGAUCCUGCCCACAUUUGAUGUUCUACAUUUCAAGUCUGAAGGGUACAAUGAUUUAAGCCUCUACAACCUUUUCCUGGAAGAGAAUAUAAGUGAACUCAAGUCCUACAAGUGUCUUAAGAUACUGGAAAAUAUCAAAAGCAAUGGUCAGGGAAUCGACCCAAUGCUACUAUUGACCAAUCUUGGCAUGAUCAAGAUGGACGUUGUUGAUGGCAGAAUUCCCAAACCUGCUGUAAACACGAUGGGAGAGGAGCAGGAAAACCAGACGGCAGACAUCCAAGAUCUGAACCUACCCAGUGAAACUAUUACAAACAAUGGAGAGAAGAAUGUCCGGCAGAGACUUAUGGAUUCUUCGUGCUGA